AUGAAAGACUUCUCCCUAUGCGCCACAGUAGCCCUCAACUGGGUUCACUAUGCCCAUGCUAAAAGCUGCUCAAGUCUUUUAACAUAUCGAGCUUUGGAUGGAACCAUAAUCAAGAAGGCUGAGCUUACACAGCUCAGCACGUCGGCUGGUGCAAUCGCGUACUGUCGAGUCUCCGGAUCUGUGGCAUAUGGCAAGCGUGAUAAUUCUGUGGGGUUUGAACUAUGGAUGCCUGAAGAGAAGACUUAUAAUGACCGCUUUAUGGUUGUUGGCAAUGGCGGAUUUGCCGGAAUAAUUGAUACGGACAGUAUGAGCAAGCAAUUGGAACAAGGUUUUGCUGUGGCAGGAGGGGAUUCGGGCCAUCUAGAAGCUAACAACGGAAACGGAACGACAUCGUCUGGACAGUAUAUUCCAUUCUUGAAUGAUGUCGAGCAGACAAAGGCAUGGAUACAUGACUCCAUCGCCAUCAUAACCAUGCCAACACGAGAUAUUGCUUCCAAGUUCUAUGGUAGCUCUCCGAAGCACAGCUAUUAUAGUGGUUGCUCGACGGGUGGCGCACAAGGAUUUGCGCUUGCUCAAUACUAUCCUCACCUCUUCGAUGGAAUAUAUGCCGGCUCGCCAGGUAACUGGUACUCCCAUUUGAUGCUAUCAUUUCUAUGGAACAGGGAGUCCACGAUGGGCGAUGCAUAUCUCGAUCAAGCCACGCUCAACGCCACGACGAAGAAAAUACUAGACGCUUGCGAUGAAAUAGAUGGCGUGAAAGACGGGUUAAUCGAAAACCCACUCCGCUGUAGUUUCGACCUCAACACAUUAGCUUGUCCAUCUGCGACCAGUGCGACUAACCAGACAUGCCUGAGUCCAAAGCAAAUCCAGUCUCUAAAGGCCAUCUAUGCCGGCCCAAGGAAUUCCAGAACAAAGGCAAAAAUUUAUCCUGGAUUUGAAUUCGGCUCGGAGCGAGAGUUGAUGUUGCAGGAAACAUAUCUAUAUCUAGACUUUGCUGCACCACUCUUACAAAACUUGGUUUUCCACAAUCUUUCUUAUGAUGUUGACACGUUCAACUUUGACAAGGAUGUUGCCAGGGUCAAUAGUAUGGCAAGCCCUCUUAUUGACGGAAUUGCACCAGAUCUCGAUGCUUUCCGGAUGCGUGGGGGAAGGAUGAUUGUGACUCAAGGUUGGACCGAUCCGUUCAAUGCUCCAACUUGGCCCAUUGAGCACCUCAAACAGCUUGAGAAAGCUAGCCAGAAUGGAUCUGUUGGGGAUUUCUUCAACCUAUACAUGGUACCCGGUGGUGGUCACUGUGGCGCAGCUGAGACCUAUCCAUCAGUACCGGCAACAUACCACAUCAAUGAAGCACUUCUGGCGUGGGUCGAGAACGACACAUUCCCCUCUUGGGUCCAGUCGUCGAAUCCUCCGGAUGGUUCGUCGCGAACACGCAAGCUCUGCCCUUGGCCCAAGACAGCAAAAUUGCAAAACUUGACGAGACCUGAAAUUUCAGAGAGUUAUGAUUGUGUUCAGGGUUAA